AUGGCCUCCAACCAGGCUGCAACCAAGGGCAAGGGGGAGAAGCGGAAGCGAGUGGUGCUGACCCUGAAGGAGAAGAUUGACAUCUGCACUCGGCUGGAGCGCGGUGAGAGCAGGAAGGCCCUGAUGCAGGAGUAUAACGUGGGCAUGUCCACUCUGUAUGACAUCAAAGCCCACAAGGCCCAGCUGCUCAGAUUCUUUGCCAGCUCGGACUCCCGCCAGGCGCUGGAGCAGCGGCGUACGCUGCACACACCCAAGCUGGAGCACCUGGACCGAGUGCUUUACGAGUGGUUCCUCGUAAAACGGGCUGAGGGCAUCCCUGUGUCAGGCCCCAUGCUCAUCGAGAAGGCCAAGGACUUCUAUAAGCAGAUGCGGCUGACAGAGCCCUGUGUGUUCUCCGGAGGGUGGCUUUGGCGCUUCAAGGCCAGGCACGGCAUUAAAAAGUUAGAUGCCUCUAGUGAGAAGCAGGUGGCCGACCACCAAGCUGCUGAGCAGUUCUGUGGCUUUUUCAGGAGCCUUGCAGCUGAGCACGGGCUGUCCCCUGAGCAGGUGUACAGCGCUGACGAGACCGGUCUUGUCUGGCGGUGCUUGCCAAAUUCCACCCCGGAUGAUGGCACUGUGCCCCGCUUCAAACAGGGCAAGGACAGACUGACUGUCUUAAUGUGUGCUAAUGCCACAGGCUCCCACAGAAUCAAGCCCUUAGCCAUUGGGAAGGGUGGUGGCCCCAGAGCCUUUAGAGGCAUCCAGCACCUGCCUAUUGCUUACAAGGCCCAGGGUAAUGCCUGGGUAGACAAGGAGAUUUUCUCAGACUGGUUCCAUCAUAUUUUUGUCCCUUCAGUGAGAGAGCACUUCAGAACCAUAGGCUUGCCUGAAGACAGCAAGGCAAUUCUCUUGCUGGACCAUUCGCGGGCCCACCCACAGGAGUCCGAGCUUGUGUCAGAGAAUGUCUUCACUAUCUUCCUGCCUGCCAGUGUGGCCUCCUUACUGCAGCCCACAGAGCAGGGCAUUCGCCGAGCCUUCAUGAGGCUCUUUAUUAACCCUCCUGUGGCCUUACAGGGCUUCCCCACCCACCACAGCAUGAGCGAUGCCAUAGUCAAUGUGGCCUGUGCCUGGAAUGCUGUGCCUAGCCAGGUCUUCCGGCGGGCCUGGAGGAAGCUGUGGCCCACUGUCACGUUCACUGACGGUUCCUCCUCUGAGGAGGAAGCCGAGUGCUGCAGCAUCAAGCCUCACAAUAAGGCGUUCGCACACAUCCUUGAGCUCGUCAAAGAAGGGCCCUCUUGUUCUGGCAGCAGGCUUCAAAACACCAGGGCUGAAGAGCAGGGGGUGGCGGGGAGGGACAUGGAUGAGGCCCCUAUUGUUGUGGCACCGUCCCAGGCCACUGGGCAUGCAGAGAAGGCAGAGAAGGACGCUGGUGAGGAUGAUGAGGCAGCCUGGGAGCAGGCAGCCACCUCAUUCGAGGCGCUUGUGCGCUUUGCGGAGCAGCAGCCGUGUUUCACCGUGCAGGAGCUGGGGCAGCUGCAGGCAUUGCACACGGUGUUCAGGAGACGGCAGCAGCUGAGGCAGCCGCGUGUGGCGCUCAGGGCCGUGAUCAAGCUUGAGGCCCUUCAGGAGCACCCUGGUGUGUGUGUGGCCACAGCCCGCUCUUCCUUGCCCUGCUCAUCCACAGCAGGUGACAACUGAAGAACCUUGGCUGCCCCUGUUGGCCCCUGGCAGCUCUGCUCUAUAACUCGCAGCCGUGGGGCUCAGACAGCCUGCUAGUCAGAGAGCGUACUCAGACGAGAGCAUGGCUCCUUGUUUACACAGAGGGUUCCGUAUGUUCUGGCUAAUGGUUUUACUGUUUCUCUUAGCACAAAUGGCUAUCAUUUGAAUGGCAGGAGAUGUGUGCCCUCUCCUUGGCACUCUGGAGCCUCUAGCUGCAGCUGGGUCCAGCAGGCCAGAUCUGCCUCUGGUGUUGGAAGACUGAGCCACGUUAUCAGGUUGAAGUGCCUUGAGGGGUGUCCCUCCAGCCCUCAGGAGGCUCACUCUUCCCAACUGAGGGCACUGGCUUCAGCUCCUAACCUCAGUGCUCACAUCCCCCACUAGUAGCAUUGGCACCAUGCCAGCUUCUUAGUCUGAACCCACCUCAGCCAUGGACAGACAAACUCAGUGGUGAGACUCUAGUGUCCCUGUCAACAGCAGACCCUUUAGGGUCCAGGUUUCAUGGAGACACUGUAUACCAGUUUUAGCAUUGCUCAGAGGCCAACGUAUGUUCAGAAGUCCAUGCUCCUCAAAACUUUGAAGUAACAGCCUUUAUGUGAACAGUUUGUAUGAAGUCACAGAGCAGCACUUGGUGACCUGGAGCUCAGCAGGGAUAGGCAGGUUAGCAGUACUGCUGUGGAAGAUGCUUCUGCACUGGUUGGUUCAGCCGGCUGUCAGAGAACAUGACUUUCCUGACUUCGGAGCUGCUGAGCAGCACCGUAGCUGCCGUGUCUGACUCCCAGCGUCCUUUGCAGCGGUUAGCUCUCGGUUCCUUCACCAUAACUUUGCCUUGGGGAUUCAUGUAGCUGAGUUGCCACAGUUUUCAGUCCAGUGUUCGACAGCUGCUUCACCAAGAGACCUUUGCUUGUGGAUCCUAUGAGAGCCAGGGGCUUGGGGAAUGUUGGUUUGUGUUUCUAUGUCUGUUCAAACACUGAGGAUGACUGUUGCAGACAGCUCUAGUUGUGGCUGGACGUCUUCUUUACCUGCAUGUGUGAACAUUAUUAUAACCAUGUUUUUAGA